AUGUCUACCUCUGAGGGUACCUCUACCAGCACGUUGUCUGUAACUGGUUUAAAUCACGAUGGUGCCACUGCUGCCGCACCUUCAACAAUUACAUAUACUAGCACCACCCCUGAUGCAGGCUUUCUGGUAGAACACGCCAUCAACAACGACUCAAAUGACUCUACAAGCGAUAAAGGAGUCACAGCAUCCAAGAUUUCCGCAGAUGCUGCUUUGGCAACGAAAGUGGAUGCCGACUCCAAUGAGCCGAGUAGACGCUCGGAAACACCCCAAACCAAUUGCGCGGAUAACACAAACGAAAAUCUUUCCAUCCUUCAGUCACAGAUUGCAUUAGAAAUGAAUGACGAGUUCAUCGAGUGCAGUGUCGAUGUUUUCUUCAAGCAUUACCUUCCAUUUGAGCCUUCAGAAGCAGCUGUUGAAGAAUGUGUCCUGAGACUUCUCUGCAAGGAUCAUGCUCCCAAUGGCGACGCUGGUGAAUGUUUCCAUCCCAAACAGGCUCCUAUGACGCCUAGACAAUGCGCACAAAUUAAGCCACUUCAUAAACUUGACGACAACACAGGCCACCCCAUAUUGUCGGAAGUUGUGCUAACGGUUGGGUAUCCGGAUACUCCUGGUCUUCGAUUCACCGACUACAUGAAACGGCCUGGUAGCCACGGCUCUGUGGAAAAGACAGUAUUUGCUCCCUUGAAGACUAUUGCUGAUGCCGUUGGGGGCUAUAGCGAGACAUGUGACGGCAGGGCUCGCAACAAUUUCCAGUAUCUCCAUUGUCCGCAGACAGUCAUUUCAUCGGAUAUAGGGGACUCUAAAAGCAGGAUAGAUGCCUGCUUUUCCCAUGAAGGAAGUGAUUUACACACCAAGUAUAUUGCUGUGCCUAUUGAGCAGAACGUCUCCGCCGCCAACAGGAAUUCAAUGACCUUUGAAGGCGACAAGGCAACGCUGUGGUAUCACUGUCGCUCUCAUUCUGCUGUUUCGAGACAAUUUAACUUUGUCGAGAAUCCGAAAUUACUUGUCAAGGUGUUCCUGUCAUUUCUAUUCGCAACAGACGAAGAACUCGGCUACGAUCCCAACGUCACUCUGGUCGAAGGCAAGAAGCGUCAGUACACUUUCACAAUCCCCAGUUCUGAUGGGAAAUCGGCCAAGUUCUACCGCACUGUCAAAGUUAUUUCUGAAUAUCGCUCGAACAACAUUUCUGGUCGCAUGGCGCGUGUAUGGUUGGUCGAUCGGGUUGAUUCUGAAGGCAACAAGAUUGGCCCGCAAUGCGUCUUGAAAGACGUCUGGCUUGCCGUAAAUGCUCUCACUGAAAAGGAGAUCCAGACGGCCAUCUUUGCAGAUAUCGAAAAAUACUGUCACCCCAACAAGCCAGAUUACAACCUGGCAUUGGAUCCUCCUGAAGACUCUCCCGAGGCCUCUCUCAAUGCUAUCAAGAUGCGAAAUGCCGAGCUCGUUAAGUCUGGCAAGUACAAGCAGUACUUUCUUGACAUUGAAAGUGAUUAUUCUGGGAAGCCAUCCAAAGACGUUUUGGAGGGAUGUACUCCCGUCACAGGCUUGUUUCAGAACGCCGAUGCAGAUAGGAUUGCAUCUUUGAACGACAAUUCUAUUCGACCGGUAGGAUCGACACCUUUUAUAAAGAGUGGACAGCAACACAAGCGAACAUUUACCCCCCGGAAACAAUAUCGCGUCAUCUUCAAAGAAGUCUGCCAGGCUGUGGGCGAUCUGCCUACUUUGGGGAAAGUGCUUAAUAUACUUAAACAAACUCUCAUACCCCUUUCGCUCCUGUACUGUGCUGGCUGGGUACACAGAGACAUCAGCUCAGGGAAUAUUCUUGCUCAUCAAGAAGGCAGGAUCUUGCGGGCCAAAUUGUCAGACCUUGAAUAUGCCAAGAGGUUUCCUCUACCUGAAGACUAUGAAGGCAAUGUUAAUCCCAAAAUCGGCACUCCUUUUUUUAUGCCUGUCGAAAUAAUGCAAGACGUUUAUCUAUAUAGUCAAAUCGUCAACGAUGACGACCUAGAAUUUGCAAUUCACAACCCGACUCUUUUUAUUGCCAAACAACAACACGAUCUUGGUGGCCCCCGAAAAAAUACUACGCAGAACAAUAUCUUAGAAAAACCGGUGAUCUAUAAUUUUCAACAUGAUCUCGAGUCGCUUUGGUGGGUUUUAGUGUGGUCUCUAACCGCACGUGUCAGCCAUCAACCUUCCAGGACCUGGGCCAACCAAGUUUUUCAACAUGAUGUCGUGCCUACUCCUGAGAGGGUACGCUUUCUGAGGGCUUUGUCCAGGAUCACGCUUGAAGAUAUCAUGCUCCCAUCAAUCUCAUUUCUGCAUGUCCUGGUGGAACUCAUAAGAUCUGUCAUGAAUAUUGCGUAUUCAGAGCUUGAAAGGGGCGACACAUUCAGAGACACGCUGUCUUAUGCCAUCACUGUAGACCGCUUUCAUUUAUGUUUUCAACAACUCGAGAGUGUCUCCGGCGCCCCUUGGGAGGAAACACCUCUUGUGAUGUGA